UGCAUUGUCUGCUCCGCGCCCAGAUGCUGCGGUUAUAUGACCAGGAGCUCAGAAUGGCUGUGCCUCCAUCCAGCUCCUGUUUUGCAGUUCUGUCACCCGCUACCAAGGAUGCGAAUACGAUAUUUGGAAAAAAUUCAGCAAGGCCUUGCAAUGAGGUUCAAGAAGUCAUUUACUUUCCCAGUGCUUCUCAUGAGUCCGGUUCAAAGCUUCAGUGCACGUACAUUGCUAUUGACCAGGUAGAGAGGACACUUGCUGUAAUAUUAAGCAAACCAGCCUGGAUGUGGGGAGCAGAAAUGGGAGCCAAUGACCAUGGAGUUUGCAUUGGUAAUGGCGCUGUGGUCACCAGAGAGACAGCGACAGAGACAGAAGGAUUACUCGGAAUGGACCUUGUCAGGCUUGGGUUGGAGCGAGGUACUACAGCGAAAGAGGCUUUCGAUAUUAUAGUGUCUCUUUUAAAAGAACAUGGACAAGGUGGCAAUAAUUUUGAAGAUGGAGCCAUGCUCCAUGCUUUCCACAGUACAUUUCUCAUUGUGGACAGAACAGAAGCCUGGGUCUUGGAAACUGCCGGCAAAUAUUGGGCUGCUGAGAAAAUCACAGAGGGCCUGAGAAGCAUUUGUAAUCAAUUGUCUAUCACCACCAACAUUGAUGCAGAGCACCCUGAGCUUAGAAGUUAUGCCCAGAGUCAGGGCUGGUGGAAUGGAGAGGAAGAAUUCAACUUUAGUGCAGUUUUCUCACUACCAGGCGGAGAUGAGGAUUUGGAUCACUUUUGUGCUGGCAAAGAACUUCUGCAAAAACAUGCAGGAAACAUCACCAUGCAAACCAUGAUGAAUGUGCUACGUGACAAAAACAGCAUGGAUCUGAAUUCUUACCUUGUCACAGGGAGCAUGGUGUCCAUCCUUCCCCAGAGCAGCAGCUUACCAUGCAUCCACUCCUUCACGGCCACUCCCAAUCCUGCAAGGUCCAUCUUCAAACCUUUCAUCUUUGUAGAUAAUGUCAAGCCAGUCCCUAAAACACAGUCCCCGAGCUUUGGUAAUGAGGACCCAGUAAAGCAGCAACCUCGUUUCCAGAGCACGAUUGACCGUAGACAUGAGCUGUAUCAGGCUCAUGAGUGUGCCAGAGCAGUUAUGGAAACUGAAGAGGAUGCAGGGCAGAAGCUUUGGAAAACCAUGCUGGAUUUGGAAAAACAAGGUCUGGAAGCCAUGCAGGACAUCUUAAAGUGUGAAGGACCUGUUGACCCUUCAGAAUUUGCUGACCUCUUCUAUGAUUGUGUGGACACUGAAAUUAAAUUCUACAAGUGACGUUUGUCUGUUAGUCGUGCCCCAUUGGUCUUUGUAGGCCUUUCUGAAAACCAGGGUGAGGAGCUGUUCAAGACAAAUGAUUGUCUCUUACGUAAAGUAAAAAGAGGAGACUCACUGUCGUUUGGUUUGUCUUUUAUUUCGGAUAACUCAGCUACUUCCUGAAGUAAAAUCCUCAAACAUCCAAAUGUGUGUUUAAUCUUUGUGUCUAGUGAUAGGAAGCAGCCAGUGGUUGGUUGUUGGUUGUGUGCAUGCAGAAAUAAUAUAAAGCAGGACCUUCUAAAUGCUUUGUUUGUCACGAUAGCAUUUACAUCCAUCAAACUGAUUCAUUGAGUAAAGAAUGGUCAGGU